CUAUAUGUACUCCGCGGGUUGCCGUAGAACGACGUGCCGUGUUCCAGUUUGUGAUGAUCGAAGCUAACAGCAAAAUGUUGUUGUCAUGGGCUUGUUUUUUGUCGUUAUCAUUAAGUUUUAUCGGACAACAUGUCACGUUUGCAUUGCAGGACGUUACUAGGGAUUUAUUUGCCUCGGAGAACUAUGGUACAGUAGCGGCUUUCGGUGACUUCAACUCUGAUAAACAGACUGACAUUUUCAUCAUCAGGAAGCGAUCUGAGCUGUUGAUUUUCUUGGCUGAUCUUAAAGCUCCUUAUUUCAAACCUAAAGUCCAUCUGACUAAAGAGGUUUUCCCAAGUGACUUCAGCAUAAGCAGUGUGGUCCCGGGUGAUUACGAUGGAGACUCUCAGAUGGAUGUGCUUCUCACUGGCCACUCAAAGGGCCCUUCACAGACAAUUGCCAUCAUCUUCUGGGGACAUAACCAAACUUUGGACCAGAGUGAAAAGGUGGAGCUUAACAGGACUUUUGGUGAUCAGCCCCUCGUCAUGGACUUUAAUGGGGACAUGAUUCCAGACAUUUUUGGAUCUGUUGGUGGUUCAUCAGAGGUUUGCUAUCUCAGGAACAGAGAACAGAAAUGUGAGAAGGCUCUUGGAUCUGAUGUCAAAAUGCGCAUCCCUCAUUCCAAUGCUUUCAUUGACCUUAACAAGGACUUCACUGCCGCACUUCUGAUUAACCAAUUAAACUGGACGUUUGUGUCUGAAAGGAUGGUUGAUUCUGCUGAUUCUGCGCAGAUUGGUUUCAACGAUGGAGAUUUGUUCCUCACCACCGAAUCAAAUACAUUUGAGACCUGGAUCAAUAAGGAUGGGAACUUCACCAGAACCCUUUCUGGAAAUGCACCGGAAAAUGCAAUGCAAGUGGGUCAAUCUGCAUUUGUAGACUUCGACGGUGACGGCACCCAAGACCACCUCUUGCCAGUCUGUAUGGAUGAUUCAUGUGGCAAAAGUGCAAUUUACCUGGCCAAGACUGGAGGGACAGAGUGGGUGCCGGUGCUGACAGACUUCAGAUGGAAGGAUUCAGUGUGGGGCUUUGUGCCCUUUCAAGGCAGUUCCACUUCGGAAGAACUGCAAAUUCCCAUCACCCUGCACUUAGGAGACUAUAACUUAGAUGGCUUUCCCGAUGCCCUCGUCAUCCUCCGUAACACCAGCAGCGGCAGCACGCAGCAGCAGGCAUUCCUGCUGGAGAAUGUGCCGUGUAAUAACGCGAGCUGUCGGGAUGUGGGCCGCAUGUUCCGUGUGCACUGGGAACAGUCAGAUAUCAGUGCCAUCCCCAGGGCUGUUGUGGCCACUUUUUUUGACAUCUAUGAGGACGGAAUAUUAGAUAUGAUUGUGCUCAGCAAGGUGGAAAAGGAAGACCUCGUCAUCCACGCUUUGAAGAACAAUUAUGAGGCUGAUGCAUAUUUCGUAAAAGUGAUCGUGCUCAGUGGCCUGUGCUCCAAUGACUGUCCAGAGAAUGUUAAGCCCUUCGGUGUGAAUCAGCCUGGCCCGUAUGUCAUGUACACAUCAGUGGACUCCAACGGUUAUCUAAAGAACGCGUCUGCGGGGCAGCUCAGCCAGUCGGCUCAUCUCGCACUCCAGCUGCCCUACACCGUGCUCGGUCUGGGGCGCAGCGCCAACUUCCUGGAUCACCUGUUUGUGGGCAUCCCCCGGCCCCCUGGAGGGAAGGAUGUGAGGAAACAGGAGUGGACCGCUAUCAUUCCUAACUCCCAGCUCAUCGUUAUUCCAUACCCACAGAAUGACCCUCGCAGCUGGAGUGCGAAGCUCUACCUAACCCCAAGUAAUAUAGUCUUAUUGACAGCGAUAGCACUGAUUGGCGUGUGCGUCUUUAUUCUCGUCAUCAUCGGGAUACUGCACUGGCAGGAGAAGAAAGCAGAUGACCGGGAGAAGAGACAGGAGGCCCAUCGCUUCCAUUUUGAUGCCAUGUGAGCAUUAUGGGUAAACACUGAGAAGAUCGGGUCUGCUUUCAUUUCAGUGGUUUAUUUAAUAAACUUUUUUUUUUUUUUUUUUUCUCAAACUGGAGCAUUUUUAUGCAUUUAAUAAUGUCUGAAAUCAGAGGAAUCCAUCAAAAUAUGAAUAGUUUGAACAGUGAUGUGCCUCUGUAGAUCUGUUGACAUCUGAAGAGAAAAGAUAUGUUUCUGUCAAGUUUGUUUACAUGAUUCUAAACGCAUAAUUAUGAUUGCACAUUAACAAGAAGUGUUUGGUGCCAUUUUCUGUACUUUAUUUUGGCAUAUUUGCAUUUCUUUGUAUUGUUAAAGUAACAGGUAAAUGUCAAGUGGGCAGAAGCAGAAAUGUUUUUGAAAGACUUAAUUAGUUGUCUGCCUUUGUGUAUGGAAUGGAUGUGACUGUGAGAUUAGUUCUUUCACUUCACUAAUUCCCUUUAAAAAAAUAAACGCUUUGAAUCUAAGCGCUACAUGAGGCCCCCGUCAACAAAAGUGUGUUCUGUAAACUAAUUUUAUUAGGCAUUUUGAUGUAUGGAACCAAAAAAACGGAGUUAUUAAAAACUGCAUCACUCUAUUACAAUAAAGUAUUGCUUUAACUAUAAACACUCAGUGCCAACCACUUCCAAAUGAUUCCCAAAAGUUUGUUUCAAUUCAUUAACAUGCCAUUGGAUGUAAACAUUCUAUAGAAAGUCCCUGACCCUAAUUGUCCGUAGUCAACAUAUAGCAGGUCGCUCUGUUUCUGCAUGUUCUGUCUUCAUUUUGCAUUCUAGUAAUUCCUACUGUGUCCGCCUUUCCGAUUGUUAGGCACAGUUAUCAGUACUUAAACUCUGGGUUGUUUUUCCGUUGUCACUGAUGCCUUUAGGUAUUUUUCCUUGAUUUCUAAGUGGUUUUAUUUAUUUCUUAUACCUAUUUUUAAAACACUGUAUUGUAAUUAUGUGCUGCUGAAGAAUGUUUAGUGUGAAGGGUUUUGUUCUUAGCUGUAUAUAUCUGACAGGUGCUCUGAUCAAUGUAUUAAUUUAUAUGCUAAUCUCUUUUACCUUUGUAUGGUGGUGUUAUGGUGCACUAUAUGCACAUUAAUUAAGCAGUUUCACUUCCAAAGGUAAAAUCAGUUGUCAAACCACCAAUAAUACAACUGUAUACUAGACUUGCAUGUUAACUAGCACACAAUUCAUGCAGAUGGUUUUUGCUAAUUGUUUCUGGUCAGUCCAUAUUGGUCCUAACAGGUUGUGCAUCUGUGCUCUGUUUUAAUUAUUAAUUAAUCACUCUCAACAUGUUUUGGUUGCGUUGAAAUGCUGUUUGUCAGUUGAAUGUUGUAUUGAAAAUAAACAUGACCAAAUUCUUUAUUACCUUUA